UCUCUCUUCUCUCUCUCUCACACACAGACACACACACAAACACACACUGUAUCAGAACAAUCAGUUGAAGGGGUAUGUAUAUUGUGUGCUGCAGAAAUCUAAUUCAAUAAAAAACGUAGCGUAUUGAUUUGGGAACAAAUUAAAUACGUGCAUAUAUUGCUAUAAUUCGAUGUAUACGUACACCUAGAAUAUACGCGUACGUAUAUAUAUAUAUAGAGGGAUGACGGAGGAGGGAUCGGAGAGGGAGAAGAGGGGGUUAUCUUCGAUGGACUCGAUGGAGUCGCGCUGGGUGUAUCAAGACGAGGAGGGCUCGGAGAUCGACAACGACGGCGACGGCCGUGGCAGCGGCGGAGAGGAAUCCCCGCUGCGCGAUUCCGACGACGAGGAUAAUGCGGAGCAGAGGUUGAUCCGGACCGGGCCUCGGAUUGAUUCGUUUGAUGUUGAAGCCCUCGAAGUUCCCGGUGCCCAGAGAAAUGAUUUUGAGGACGCCACUUUGGGCAGGAGAAUCUUACUGGUCUUUCAAACACUUGGAGUCGUUUUUGGCGAUGUGGGAACUAGUCCGUUAUAUACCUUCAGCGUGAUGUUCAGCAAGGCACCCGUCAAGGGGAAUGAAGAUGUUCUGGGUGCACUGUCCCUAGUUUUGUACACCUUAAUUCUGAUAUCACUGAUCAAGUAUGUUCUUAUUGUUCUUUGGGCUAAUGAUGAUGGUGAAGGUGGUACAUUUGCUCUGUACUCAUUGAUUUGUAGGCACGCUAAAGUUAGUCUUCUGCCCAACCAAUUACCGUCAGAUGCUCGCAUAUCAAGCUUCAGGUUGAAGGUUCCAUCAGCUGAACUCGAGAGGUCUUUGAAAAUAAAGGAAAGGCUUGAAACUUCUCUGACACUGAAAAAGCUUCUUCUAAUGUUGGUUCUUGCUGGCACUUCUAUGGUGAUAGCUGAUGGUGUUGUUACGCCUGCGAUGUCAGUUAUAUCUGCUGUCGGUGGCUUAAAAAUUGGAGUCUCUGGGUUUAGUGAAGAUCACGUGGUGAUGAUCUCGAUUGCGUUUAUUAUAAUUUUGUUCAGUCUACAGAGGUAUGGAACAAGUAAAGUGGGGCUUGUAGUUGGUCCUGCUUUGUUUAUAUGGUUUUGUUCUCUUGGGGGCAUUGGCAUAUACAACCUUGUCAAAUAUGAUACGAGAGUUCUGCAGGCAUUCAAUCCAAUUCAUAUCUAUUAUUACUUCAAGCGCAAUUCAACCAAGGCUUGGUACUCUCUAGGGGGUUGUCUUCUUUGUGCAACAGGUUCUGAGGCAAUGUUUGCAGAUCUUUGCUAUUUUUCUGUAAGAUCAGUGCAGCUUACAUUCAUGUUCCUGGUAUUACCUUGCCUUCUUUUGGGCUACCUGGGUCAAGCUGCAUAUCUUAUGGAGAACCACGUUGAUACUACACAGGCUUUCUUUUCUUCUGUUCCAAGUGGAGCUUUCUGGCCUGUCUUCCUCAUAGCUAAUGUAGCUGCACUGAUUGCUAGUAGAGCUAUGACGACCGCAACUUUCUCUUGUAUUAAACAAUCCAGUGCACUCGGUUGCUUUCCUCGCCUUAAAAUCAUUCAUACCUCGAGGAAAUUCAUGGGCCAGAUUUAUAUUCCAGUGAUGAACUGGUUUCUUCUGGCUCUGGCCCUGGUGUUGGUCUGCAAUAUCUCAAGCAUUUAUGAAAUUGGGAAUGCAUAUGCCAUUGCUGAACUGGGAGUCAUGAUGAUGACUACAAUCUUAGUCACCCUCGUGAUGCUUCUGAUAUGGCAGAUAAAUAUUUUUGUUGUGCUGAGUUUUGCUAUUCUUUUCUUGGGAUUGGAGUUAACCUUCUUUUCUUCAGUUCUGUGGAGUGUGGGGGAUGGAAGUUGGAUCAUACUGGUGUUUGCCGUUGUCAUAUUUCUAAUUAUGUACAUCUGGAAUUAUGGAAGCAAGUUAAAGUAUGAAACAGAGGUGAAAAAGAAGAUGUCGAUGGAUGUGCUGCGGGAACUAGGUCCUGACCUAGGAACUGUUAGGGCUCCUGGGAUUGGCUUGCUUUACAAUGAGUUGGCAAAGGGUGUACCUGCUAUAUUUGGGCAUUUCCUGACUACUCUACCUGCUGUGCAUUCGAUGAUCAUAUUUGUGUGUAUAAAGUAUGUUCCUGUAUCAGUUGUGCCUCAAAAUGAAAGGUUUCUGUUUAGGCGAGUCUGCGCCAAAAGCUACCACAUAUUUCGUUGUGUUGCCAGGUAUGGCUACAAAGAUGUUCGCAAAGAAAACCACCAGACCUUCGAGCAGUUGCUUAUCGAGAGUCUUGACAAGUUCAUUCGGCGGGAAGCUCAGGAGAGGUCCCUGGAGAGUGAUAGUGACGACGAUUCAGGGUCCGAAGAAGACCAUUCUCUAUCAAGAAUACUAAUAGCUCCAAAUGGGAGUGUUUACUCACUGGGUGUCCCUCUCCUGGCAGAGUUCAAAGAUACGAGCAAUUUUGGUGCAGAAGCGCGUGCGUUAGAAGAAGGGAAGCUAGAGACUUCUUCUUCUACUGAUCAAAUUAGUAUUGAUGCUGAGCAAAGCCUUGAGAAGGAGCUGUCGUUCUUACGCAAGGCAAAAGAGUCUGGUGUGGUGUAUCUUCUUGGUCAUGGAGAUAUUAGGGCGAGGAAGGACUCUUGGUUUAUUAAGAAGCUUGUGAUCAACUAUUUUUAUGCUUUCUUAAGAAAGAACUGCCGAAGGGGGACUGCAAAUCUGAGUGUUCCGCACUCGCAUUUGAUACAGGUAGGAAUGACUUAUAUGGUUUGAAGUUUGCUGUUCAUUGCAGCAGUUGAGUGUGUAGAUUCCAAUCGAAACUAUCGUGGUUUUAUAUAGAUAGCCUCAGCUGACUUUUGAGAGCUCCCGUUCGAUGCUAUAUUUCGAAAUUUUUAGCAGUUUUUGCUCUGCUUGUGAUUUGAUCAUCACAAAAAGGUGGUUCAGAAAUAUUGUAAUUAACACAUUGAUAUGAAGUGCGAUUUUUGGCCGUGUAAUUCUUCUUCCGGGUGACUUGUUUGAUGCAUGUAGCCUCUUUAAAAAGUUUUUAGUAUACCAACUCUGACA